AGGGUCCCAUUUUCUUUUUCUCACAGAAGCCGUAAGGAUUAGGGCUGCUGACAAUUCAGUAUGAAGGGCAAUUACACUCUCACCACCAUCACCGAAAACAUGACCAGCAGUCUUCACUUCGGACUUGUGAGCAACUCUGGAAACAACGCGUCUGCCUUUAAUUGCUCACAUAAACAAUCAGAUAAGCAUUUAGAGGCAGUUCCUAUUCUCUACUACAUUAUCUUUGUGAUUGGAUUUCUUGUCAAUAUAGUUGUGGUUACGCUGUUUUGUUGUCAAAAGGGUCCUAAAAAGGUUUCCAGCAUUUACAUCUUCAACCUGGCUGUGGCUGACUUGCUCCUUUUGGCUACUCUCCCUCUCUGGGCAACCUAUUAUUCUUACAGAUAUGACUGGCUCUUUGGACCUGUGAUGUGUAAAGUUUCUGGUUCAUUUUUGACCCUGAACAUGUUUGCAAGUAUUUUUUUUAUCACCUGUAUGAGUGUUGAUAGGUACCAAUCGGUCAUCUACCCCUUUCUGUCUCAAAGAAGAAAUCCCUGGCAAGCAUCUUACAUAGUUCCCCUUGUCUGGUGUAUGGCUUGUCUGUCCUCAUUGCCAACCUUUUAUUUCCGGGAUGUCAGAACCAUUGAAUACUUGGGAGUGAAUGCUUGCAUUAUGGCUUUCCCACCUGAGAAAUACGCUCAGUGGUCGGCAGGAAUUGCUUUAAUGAAAAAUAUACUUGGUUUCAUUAUCCCUUUAAUAUUCAUAGCCACAUGCUAUUUCGGAAUCAGAAAACACUUAUUGAAGACCAAUAACUACGGGAAGAAUAGAAUAACCCGUGACCAAGUCCUGAAGAUGGCAGCUGCUGUUGUUCUGGCGUUCAUCAUUUGUUGGCUUCCCUUCCAUGUUCUGACUUUCCUGGAUGCUCUGGUCUGGAUGGGUGUCAUUAAUAGCUGUGAAGUUAUAGCAGUCAUUGACCUGGCACUUCCUUUUGCCCUCCUCCUGGGAUUCACCAACAGCUGCAUUAAUCCCUUCCUGUAUUGUUUUGUUGGAAACCGGUUCCAACAGAAGCUCCGCCGUGUGUUUAGGGUUCCAAUUACUUGGCUCCAAGGCAAGAGAGAAAGUGUGUCUUGCCGAAAAAGCAGUUCCAUUAGAGAAAUGGAGACCUUUGUAUCUUAAACAUAAGAGUGGAAUGUAUGUUAUCAACAUGGCUAUUUGGUUUGACAUCCACCUGAAUUAUCUUUUUAUUAACUUUUAAUGGUUCUAGUCAAAUAAUUUUUUUUUUCCUAAUCUUUUCUCACUCUUCUAGAGCAGGAAGCCAAAUGUA